AUGGCGGCGGCGAUAGCGAGCUCUCUGAUUCGUCAGAAACGAGCGGCGCGGGAAACCAACCCCGACCGAAAAACGCCAAACAAACCGCGCUCGAGCCCGACCAAAGAGCGGCGCCGCCUGUGCCCGCGCCACAUCCUCAGCCUCUGCGCCAAAGUCCGACUGUGCCAACGCAAGACACGCCCCCCGACACGCAGCGGCGCAGGGGAGCAGUUAAAGGGGAUCGUGACUCGUCUGUUCUCGGAGCAGGGCUUCUACCUCCAGAUGCUCUCGGACGGAGCCAUCAGCGGCUGCAAGGACGAGAACAGCGACCACACCCUGUUUAACCUGAUCCCGGUGGGGCUGCGUGUGGUGGCGAUUCAGGGCGUGAAGGCCGGACUCUACGUGGCCAUGAACGCCGAGGGUUUCCUCUACACCUCCGACGUCUUCACUCCGGAGUGUAAGUUUAAAGAGUCGGUGUUUGAGAAUUAUUACGUGAUCUACUCGUCGACGUUGUACCGGCAGCACGAGUCCGGACGCGCCUGGUUCCUCGGCCUCAACAAAGAAGGAACCAUCAUGAAAGGAAACCGCGUGAAGAAGACCAAAGCCUGCUCGCACUUCGUCCCCCGGCCCAUCCAAGUUUGCAUGUACAAGGAGCCGUCCCUGCACGAACUCGAGGAGAAGCUGCUGAAGUCGUCUCGCUCCCCGACCCUGAACAGCGGGCGCAGCAUGAGGGCCAUCGAACGAGAGGAACGAGAGGAACGAGACCAAUCAUCUAAUCAGGAAGAAACACUGAGGAUCGAACUGCCAACCUUCUGUUCUUCUGCUCCUCCUCCUCCUCUUCUUCUCGUCAGUUCUUCUGCUCCUCCUCUGAUGAUGUCAUAACCAGGAGACACUUGUAAAU